CCUGCAUGAAGCAAUGUUUACAUCGGCUAAAACCAAAUAAUGGUGAAUGUGCCGUAGAGAGCUGUAAGAACGAUAAGGAAAUAUUAGACACAUACAAUGGGAGGGAAUACAAGUUCACCUAAGACACCAACCUCAGAACCCACGACUUCAACAGCUGGAGAUGGCAUCAAGUCAAUCAGGACUACAAAUGUUUUCAAAGCAGUCAAUUUUGAACUUUACGUAAAACCAAAUAUAGCAGUGAUGACAUUUGGAGUUGUGGCUAUUGUGUGCAGCGCAGCUUAUCUUGCAUACAUGAAGGCAUCAAUGAGGGAAAGUAAAACAUAUGUGGCUAUUGGCGAGGACGGAUCCCAGCAACUGACAGUAAAAAAAUCAAGAUGGGAGUGAUUACAGGGCUUAUUGUGAACAUGUGUUUUAAUAUUGUUGUACAGAAAGUAAAACUAUUUAAUGUAU